CGCCCCUCCUGCUCUGCACUGGACUCGCCUGACCUCAGCACCACGUUACUGGAUCCUCAGCUGAUGCGCUAUCCUUGCACUAUUGCACUGCUAAUCUGUCAUUGUAGAUAUAACUUGCUGUAAUCCUAACUUGUUGCAUCCUAGUUCAUAUUGUAUUCUAGUAGAAGUAUUAUUUGCACUUACUGUAAACUACACUGUAUUUAAAUAUUUUGCAUUGUAACAAAUGCCCCAAAAUGAUUAUUUUUUUUCUCUUUGUCACUCCCCAGAACGCAGCAUGUGGUAAAUAGGUUGCCAAGGCUAGGACAAAACGUGGAGGGACCUACAAUCUGGACUGGAGCAGCUGUAAAACCAGGGCAGAGUGAACAUGGAUCAGUUCUCAUUUGAGCAAAUCUUAUCCAGUUCCCAAACUCCAUUGAAACAACCGGACCUGUCUGCAAAACAGGUAACUGUCAGUGAUGAAGGAGCAAACCAAAGGACAGAAGAGAUUAUUGCCUCUCAGAAUACGGACGAGGUACAGAUAAGCAAUUCACCUGGCAUUGAGCUCCCCAGCCACGGUUCAGACAGGGUCCUUAAUUAUGAGCACUCACGUUAUUUCUCUGCUGUCAAUGCGAGGAUCGAAGGGAUAGAGAGAAAAGCACAGGGCCUGAUUGAUAAGGUCAAUGUGAGUCGAAAAAGGGACCUUGAGCUGAUGACAAACUUCAGAGAGAAACUCCUGAUGAAGGUUUCUGAGCUGUGUCACAAACUGGAGGACCAGUUGUAUGAUAUUUACGAACAGGACAACAAAGUCAUCCAAGACAAAAUGCAGGAGUUGAGCACGAUCAUGCGGAGGAACGUCCACGUGAGCACGGAGCUGCAGGAAGCCUGCCACAACGUGGUGAGCCUCUACAAGGGCUUGUGCAUGCAGCCUGAACUAUGACACUGCAGCCCGCACUAAUCCAGGUGGGCCCCAGUGCUGUAUCUUGCAAUAGGAGCUACACGGUUGCGUGUGGAUAGAACAGUGGUCCCAAGUUCAAGGGCGUGAUGAUUUGACUACUUUUCAAUUAAUAAUUCCAAAAUGUAAAAUGAAAUGACAUUAAGAUAUCUUCGUUUGCACAGAAGCAGAGGUUGAAAGCACAGUUUGCAAUUACUUUUUUUUUGUUCAUCCGCUACAACAGCAGAAUUGCAGUAUUCCAGAUUGUAGCUGGCAUGGCAGGCAGUUUUACCCACGUGCACUGGGCUAAAAUAUUAAACCAGGGUUUGCAGGCUUAGUUUGAGUAGCUUUUCUGUUAUCCUCAAGCCUAAGCAAACCGACAACUUGUUUAAAUGUUGUGUUAUAAUAAUAAUAAUAAAAAAGAUUUGUAUGAAUAAAAUGCUGUUUGAUAUUGAUGACAUUUUUACACCCAU